CCGCGUCACUAUGCUUGGACGGCUGUUAGUCGGCCUGCUACCCCUUGUAGGCUCUGUCCUCGCGCAGACGAGUACCUCCUUCACCGAUCCGAACAAUGGCAUCACCUUCCAAGGUCUCCAGGAGCCCGUCCACGGCGUGAGCUAUGGCUUCGUCUUCCCGGAAAGCACCACCGGCGACGAAUUUAUUGGCGAAAUUUUGGCGCCCGUGGACGCGAAAUGGAUAGGCCUCGCUCUCGGCGGUGCCAUGGCUGGCGAUCUGUUGCUCGUAGCGUGGCCCAACGGCAACUCCAUCGUGAGCUCCACGCGGUACACCACCGGCUAUGUCCAGCCUACCGAAUACGACGGCCCUAUCCUCACGACCUUGCCAUACACGACGGUGAACUCCACGCAUUGGAAAUGGGUGUACAGGUGCCAAAAUUGCACGAGCUGGUCUGGCGGCAGUAUCACGCAAACCUCUGUCUCUGUCUUCGCUUGGGCUUACUCCGACGUUGGCGUCGACGACCCGUCGGACCCUCAAAGCACGUUCGAUGAGCAUACCGAUUUCGGCUUCUGGGGCGAAAACGUAGCGAACGCUCACAGCGCCAACUACGACACGUACCUCAGCGGCGGAACGGUCACGACCGGACCCACUUCCACCAGCUCCCCCACGUCUACCUCGACGACGACGACGACGACUACCCCAACCGUCACCGCUACGCCUUACGACUAUAUCAUCGUCGGAGCUGGGUACGGAGGUAUCAUCGCUGCAGACCGCCUCUCCGAAGCCGGAAAGAAGGUACUCCUCAUCGAACGUGGUGGGCCGUCUACGGCAGAGACCGGCGGAAACUACGUUGCUCCUUGGGUAGCAGCCGCCGGCAAGAACUUCACCAAAUUCGAUAUUCCAGGCCAGUUCGAGUCACUGUUCACAGACAGUAACCCCUUCUGGUGGUGCAAAGAUAUCACAACCUUCGCUGGGUGCCUCCUUGGCGGCGGGGCUUCCAUCAACGGUGCUCUUUAUUGGUAUCCGAUGGACGCCGACUUCAGUACGACGUUAGGUUGGCCUAGCUCUUGGUCAAACCACGCUCCAUACACAGCGAAGAUGACUGCUCGCCUGCCAAGCACAGACCACCCAUCGCCUGACGGCAAGCGUUACCUCGAGCAGACGUCCGUGCUCGUCGGAGAGAUGCUCAACACGCAAGGUUUCACGAACCUGACCAUCAACGAUCAUCCUAACCAGAAGGACCACGCUUAUGGCUACGCUGCCUUCGACUUCGUCAAUGGUAAGCGUGGCGGACCCGUUGCGACGUAUCUGCAGACGGCGCUUCCUCGGUCGAACUUCAAGCUCGUCCUCAACACAUUGGUCACCAACUUAGUUCGCAAUGGCUCCCAGAUCACCGGUGUGCAGACCAACGACACGUCGCUCGGUCCCAACGGCAUCAUUCCGCUCACCCCCAAAGGGCGUGUCAUCCUCUCUGCCGGCUCCUUCGGCACACCCCGUAUCCUCUUCCAGAGCGGCAUCGGUCCCUCGGAUAUGAUCGCUGUCGUACAAGGCAACGCGGAUGCCGCAUCGCGCCUGCCUCCCUCCUCGGAUUUCAUCAACCUCCCCCAACUUGGCUACAACGUCCAGGACAACCCGUCGAUCAACUUGGUGUUCACCCACCCCAGCGUAGACUCCUACGACAACUGGGCCGAUGUCUGGACUGGCCCCCCACAAGCAGACCAACAGGCCUAUCUCAGCAGCCAGACUGGUAUCCUCGCCGGCGCUUCGCCUAAGCUGAACUUCUGGCGCGCGUACACUGGCUCCGACCAGAAGACUCGCUAUUCUCAGGGAACCGUCCGUCCUGGCGCCGCAUCGGUUACCACCGUGUAUCCGUACAACGUCAGUCAGAUCUGGACGAUCACCGUAUACCUCUCCCAGGGUAUCACCUCUCGCGGCCGCGUUGGGAUCGACGCUGCCCUUCGUGGCACCCCGCUCGUGAACCCCUGGUUCACCGACCCGAUCGACAAGCAGGUGCUUAUACAAGCCCUCAACGAUAUCGCUCCCUUGGCUCCGAAAGUCGGCGCGACGCUUAUUACCCCUGACAAUACGACAACUAUCGAGGACUACGUUAACAACUACGAUCCGGGCUCGCUGAAUUCGAACCACUGGGUCGGCUCAGCUAGGAUUGCUAGCGACUCGUCCACCGGUGUUGUUGACCAAAACACGAAGGUGUUCAACACGAACAACCUGUUCAUUCUCGACGCAUCGAUCAUUCCUUCAUUACCGGUCGGCAACCCACACGGAGUGUUAAUGAGUGCGAUGGAGCAAGGUGUGGUGAGGAUUCUUGCGCUGGCGGGAGGGCCAUGAGCGAGCGAUACCAAGCUAUUACUCGUAUCGUAUCGCUGGGUUCAUCUGUACUUUUAGUUAGUCAACAACCACAAAAGCAUCGUUC